AUGCUGGCGCUCAGCUUCAUUUUCCUCCUGCUCUGCCUCCUGGUUGUCCAACUGGUGAGGCUGCAGUUUCAAAGAAGGCACUAUCCACCAGGGCCGACACCUCUGCCUUUCAUCGGAUGCUUAUGGCACCCCAAAUUUCUUCAACUAAACCGGGAACUCUUGACUGAGAUGUCGAAGAUCUACGGGAAUAUCUUCACGUUGUGGUUUGGGCCGUAUCCUGUGAUUAUAUUACAAGGUUUCCAAGCGGUGAAGGAUGGUCUCACCACCCACCCUGAAGACGUGGCUGGCCGGCCUUUGCUCCCCUUAUUUAAAGCAGUGGCAAAUAAUAAAGGGAUUGUGCUUUCCACUGGUCGAACCUGGAAGCACCAAAGGCGAUUUUCAAUGGCGACUCUGAAGGUCCUCGGCAUGGGGAAGAGCACUCUGCAGUAUCAGAUCGAAGAGGAAGCAGAGAAUUUGGUGGAAGAGUUCAGGAAAAGUGAAGGAAAACCCAUGAAUCCUUAUUUGGCCCUGAACCUCGCAGUUUGCAACGUGAUUUGUGUACUCGUGUUUGGAUAUCGUUUCUCCAUAGAAGACGAGACUUUUCAUCAGCUGCUGGAAGCCGUGGAGAAAAUUUUCGGUGUUGCUAACAGUCUCACGGGUAAUAUGUACAAUAUACUUCCCUGGAUUAUGGAGUGUGUUCCAGGACCUCACAAGAGGGCAUUAUCCUUGCGUGACUUUGUUUGGUCAUUCAUAAGAGAGGAGAUCAAGAAGCACCAAGAAGCAGACCAUGGAGAAAAAGGCCAAGACUUCAUUCAUUUUUACCUGGCUCAAAUAGAGAAAACAAAAAAACAACCCAAAUCGCCCUAUGACGAAAAGAACCUGGUUCAGAACAUUUUUGAUCUCUUCGUGGGGGGAACAGAAACAUCGGGCACCACCCUCUACUGGGGAUUGUUGUAUAUGGUGCUUUAUCCUGACAUUCACGCCAAAGUUCAAAAGGAAAUCGAUAGCGUUUUACCAACAGGCCAGUCGAUCUGUUACGAGGAUCGCAAGAAUCUUCCGUACACAAAUGCGGUGGUGCACGAAAUCCAGCGCUUUAGCAACAUCAUCGCGAUCGGAGUGCCCAGAUACUGCAUAAGAGAUACGAUGAUCCAGAAGUUUCUCUUUAGAAAGGGCACCACCUUUUUCCCAAACAUGGCUUCUGCCUUGUAUGAUGCCAACGAGUGGGAGACACCCCUCGCCUUCAACCCGAACCAUUUCCUCGACAAGGAAGGCAAUUUCACCUGUCGAGAAGCUUUCAUCCCAUUUUCUCUAGGUCAUCGAGCAUGUUUGGGAGAAAAUUUGGCAAAAACAGAGAUCUUCCUUUUCUUUACCAACCUUGUGCAAACGUUCAAUUUCCACUUGGCCGACGGAUCAAAAGAUAUAAAGCUUGACCCGAUCUGGGGAGGCACUCUGCAUCCUCAUUCCUUUGAGAUCUGUGCAAUUCCUCGCUAG